GGCGCCAAGGCAGGAGAGGACGAAAGGCGAUCACCUCUGGCCGGUUUGAUCCAAUCCCCAAAUACCGAGUGAGGCUGAUGGACAUGCCUCUCGGUGCAUGAGGACGACACAGUGGCUCCACCGGGGUUUUUAAAAUUAUUUUUUUAGUCCGAGGAGCACGUUUGAGAUCCACACAGCGAUGUUCCACUGAGGCUGUGGAGAGAGGGGGAUCCGAACGGCACCGAAGGGGGUGGAUUGGAGCUAUUUCGCAGUUUCUACAUCAAACUCCCCGGAAUACAAAUCCAGGUGGUGGGUGGAGAAGAAGCACAGCCCAGUGCUGGAUCCCAGGGGGACUGUCAGUGUGGUAAGGACACUUGAGACGAAGGAGGGUGCAUGGAGGGUUCAAGGCCUGUGAAGCCGGGGUCGUCCGCCUGCUGCUGGAUGGGGCUGGUCUCGGUUGCCGUCGCCUUCCUGUGUACGGAGGCCCGGACCACUCCGAGCCCUCUGCUAACCCCCAGCAAUGCCACUUGCACGGGAAACUCCAAGUGUCAGGAGGGCAUCAUCCUGCCCAUCUGGUAUCCCGAGGACCCCUCCAUGGGAGACAAGAUCGCACGGGUCAUUGUGUAUUUUGUGGCCAUGAUCUACAUGUUCCUCGGGGUGUCCAUCAUCGCCGACCGCUUCAUGGCAGCCAUUGAGGUCAUCACCUCCCAGGAGAGAGAACUUGUCAUCAAAAGGCCCAAUGGGGAAACGAUCACAACCACGAUUCGGGUGUGGAACGAAACGGUCUCGAAUCUCACCCUCAUGGCCUUGGGCUCGUCCACCCCCGAGAUUCUGCUCACUUUAAUCGAGGUCUGUGGACACGGAUUCCAAUCUGGCAAGCUCGGGCCCGCCACCAUCGUCGGCAGCGCGGCCUUCAAUAUGUUCGUCAUCAUUGGCCUCUGCGUGUCCGUCAUCCCCCAAGGAGAAGUGCGCAAGAUCAAACACCUCCGAGUGUUCUUCGUCACCGCGGGCUGGAGCGUCUUCGCCUACAUCUGGCUCUACAUGAUCCUGGCCGUGUUCUCUCCCAACGUCGUCCAGGUCUGGGAGGGUCUCCUCACACUGGCCUUCUUCCCCAUAUGCGUGCUUCUGGCGUGGGUGGCGGACAGGCGGCUGCUCUUCUACAAGUUCAUGCACAGGACGUAUCGCACCGACAAACACCGGGGCGUCAUCAUCGAGACGGAGGCCGAUCGCUCCAAGGGCAUCGAGAUGGACGGCAAGAUGGCCAACUCCCACUUCAUGGACGGGGGGGCGACGGGCAACCUCGUCGCUCUGAUGGAGAGCAAAGAGGCGGACGAGUCCCGGCGCGACAUGAUCCGCAUCUUGAAGGACCUGAAGCAGAAGCACCCGGAGAAAGAGAUGGACCAGCUGGUCGAGAUGGCCAACUACUACGCCCUGUCGCACCAGCAGAAGAGCCGCGCCUUCUACCGCAUCCAAGCGACGCGCAUGAUGACCGGCGCCGGGAACAUCCUGAAGAAGCACGUGGCGGAGCAGGCCAAGAGGAGCGUCAGCGUGCAGGAGGUUCGCGCGGAGGAGCCCGACGAGUUCGUGUCUCGAGUCGUGUUCGAGCCCGCCGUCUACCAGUGCCUGGAGAACUGCGGCGCCGCCAUCCUGAGCGUCGCCAGAAAGGGCGGCGACGUCGACAAGACCAUCUACGUGGAUUACAAGACGGAGGACGGCUCGGCCAACGCCGGGGCGGACUACGAGUUCUCGGAGGGCACGGUGGUGUUCAAACCGGGGGAGACGAUCCGGGAGAUCCACAUCGGCAUCAUCGACGACGACAUCUUCGAAGAGGACGAGCACUUUUUCGUGCGGCUCAGUAACCUGCGCGUCCUGGAGACGGAGGACGAGGUGCUGUCCCCGAACAGUCUCCAGUACCCGAAGGCCACGCUGGGCUUCCCCGCCGUGGCCACCGUGACCAUUCUGGACGACGACCAUUCGGGCAUCUUCACCUUCGAGAGCAAGUCGGCGCACGUCAGCGAGAGCACGGGCGUCAUGGAAGUGAAGGUGCUGAGGACUUCCGGAGCCAGGGGGACGGUCAUUGUGCCUUAUCGCAGCAUGGAAGGACUCGCCAAAGGAGGAGGGGAGGACUUUGAAGACACCUUCGGAGAGCUGGAGUUCAAAAACGACGAGACCUGCAAACUCAUUCACGUGAAAAUCAUUGACGAUGAGGAGUAUGAGAAAAACAAGAACUUCUUCCUGGAGCUGGCGGAGCCGCGCAUGGUGGACAUGAGCCUGCAGAAAGCCCUGUUGUUAGCUGACGAUGCACCAGACAGGAAGAUGUCAUCCGACGAGGAGGAAGCCAAGCGGAUCGCAGAGAUGGGAAAACCGGUGCUGGGGGAACACGCCAAGCUGGAAGUCAUUAUUGAGGAAUCAUACGAGUUUAAGAGCACAGUGGACAAGCUGAUCAAGAAGACCAACCUGGCCCUGGUGGUGGGAACCAACUCCUGGAGAGACCAGUUCAUGGAGGCCAUUACAGUCAGUGCAGCAGACGAGGAUGAGGAGGACACGGGGGAGGAGAGGCUGCCGUCCUGUUUCGACUACGUCAUGCACUUCCUCACCGUCUUCUGGAAGGUGCUGUUCGCCUGCGUUCCUCCCACCGACUACCUGAACGGCUGGGCCUGCUUCAUCGUCUCCAUCGUCAUCAUCGGCCUGCUCACCGCCAUCAUCGGCGACCUGGCGUCUCAUUUCGGCUGCACCAUUGGCCUCAAGGACUCCGUCACCGCCGUGGUGUUCGUGGCGCUGGGCACAUCCGUGCCAGACACCUUGGCCAGUAAGGCAUCCGCGGUCCAGGACUCGUACGCGGACGCCUCCAUCGGCAACGUGACCGGCAGCAACGCCAUCAACGUCUUCCUGGGCAUCGGCUUGGCGUGGUCGGUGGCGGCCAUCUACUGGCACACGAAAGGGAAGCCGUUCGUGGUGGAAGCCGGCUCGCUGGCCUUCUCCGUCACGCUCUUCACCAUCUUCGCCUUCCUGGCCAUCUCGGUGCUGCUCUACCGGCGCCGGGCCCACAUCGGCGGAGAACUGGGCGGGCCCCGGGGACACAGACUGGCCACGUCAGCCUUCCUUUUCGGCCUGUGGUUCCUUUACAUCCUCCUCUCCAGCCUGGAGGCCUACUGUCAUAUAGAGGGCUUCUAAACCCACAGAGACAAACACGCAGGGCUUCAAAGUACAACUGCAGAGCUAAAAGAGUGAACUCUCACUGUGGAAUUUGGGUCAGUCUUGUGUUGUAUGAAAGGACAAGAGAGGUAGACCCAGGGUUUUCCCAGACGCCUCCAUCCCAGAAGCCCCCCCCCCCCUCCUCUCUCUCCCCCUCAACCCCUUCUGUAAGGAUGCUUGGAGGUGAGUAUCCUGCCCUCUAGUGCCGACAGCUGCAGGAGAGCCGUCCUGAGCCCGCGCGAGCGUCCUCACAGUCGGGAUCGAGUCACCGCCGAGUCCAGAAGAUGCCGACGCCUGGUGGUCCUGCAUUCCACUGGAAGAGACUGCAGCCUAAUAUCCGGGGAGAGAGCUGAGCUUAUCAGAGGUCUCUAUUUUUCUCAACAUCUGACGAGAACCACUUUAAAAAAAAAGUAUUUUGGGGAUAAAAAUGCAAAAAAAAUAAAACGACAAAAAAAAAAUAACACACACACACAAAGAGGGAAUAAAAUAACUAUUUUCUGAUCCAUGUUAAGGAAUAGAAAAAUAUGAUAUUGUAAAUGGGAAUAUGUUGUUGAGUGACAGUGGCGAUGGAGUCGUAGUAUUUAUUUUUGUUUGCAAAGUCUCCUAAAGAGCACUGCAGAGUUAUCAGAAAUCACACAAAGAAGAAGAAGAAGAAGAGGAAGAAAAAGAGCAACAGUGUUCAUACGAAUCCCUAUUCAAACAAGCGAGGAGGAAGAGGUGGACACAGUGAACACGGUCAAACUGCCCUGAACAUUACUUCCGUACUCUAUACGUAUCUAUAUAUAAUAUAUUUUCUGUAUAUUUUGAAUAUUUGUUUAAAUGUGGUCACCUUCUGCUCUAACAACAGAGAAUUGCUGUGGCUCAGCGGUAGGGGGGGUCAAACUAUAUACUGGAACGAUGUCUUCACAUUUCUAAGAGUUAUGUAUCUUGCCUAUAGGUAAAAGUAUGACAUUUUAUUUAUUUACUGAUAUCUUGGUCUCGCUCGAGUUUUCACCUUUUCAAUCAGAAAAAAAACGAAGAAAAAAAAACUGUCGCUGCAGGGGUAAAUUCAGAGGUAUUUUUGUACUCUUCCUUCCAUGCACUAUCGUUCUAUUUAUGGAGACUUCUACUUCAACGAGCCAAUAUUAAAGGUGUCACGAUGGACUGAACAGAGUGCCUGUGGAGGGAGAGGCGUCUGCAGCCGCCCACACCGACGAGCUCUUUGCUCAACUCAAGAGUUUCUUCCAAAAAUGGUGCGUGCCCAUCUUUAAAGCUGCAUUAAUAUAUUUUUUUUGGGGGGGGGGGGCACUUAG